UUUUUUUAAUUGGUUUGGCGCAGUUUCCACAAGCAAUUGGUACAUUUUCAAAACUCUUCGUACUUAUAUCGCAACAGAUCAUCAAAAGUGCACCUUUUUCAAACAUUUCAGCAUAUUUCCAAUUGUGUUAGUACAAUACACAUAAUGGCAAAAUAUCCUUUUCACUACACAAAAUAAGUGUUUCAUCUAAAUAAAUGUUUCGUUCACAGUUACUGCCUUUCAUAAUGUUAUCCCUAUAAAAUUUUUGAUUUGCAUCUCUUAUCAUUCAGUUUAAUACAUUUGUCUGUCAUUCAAUUCAACUGAUCUUAAUGUUUAAUCAAUGAAUCAUUCAUUAUGUCCAUGGAUUUUCAACUUGACUGAUUGUUGUCUGGUCAUUUGUAAGUUACACAUUGCUGCAAGAGCUUUCAAUCUAGAAAUACUAAUUGCUAAUUGUUUCCCCCUGAUGAUCACAAUUAGUUACCAUAUAAGUAGAACUGUGUUUGAGACUUUGCACUGUUCAAAUAUGGAGCAGGAUAGACUCGUAGGGAGAGGAAACCUUCAUCGAAGAGGUGGUGGUGCUCCUCGACAGAGAGGUGGGCACAGACAAAGAGGAAGAGGUGGUGGUGCUCAACGCACCAUCAUCUCUAAUGAAGUCCGGGCCAUCAUUGUUGACCAUGUGGUUAACAGAGGCUUUACCAUGGCUGAGGCUGCCAGGUUGGUACAGCCUAAUUUACAAAGGUCAACUGUCAGCUCUAUCAUCCAAACUUUUCGCCAAGAAAACCGAAUUAACAGGAGACAACCUGGUGGUGGUCGCCCACGUGUUUUGACUGACCAGCAGGAGUUGGCUGUGGUGGAAAUGGUCAGGGCAAGGAAUGACAUACGGCUGUCUGAAAUCAAACAGGCUAUUGAGAACAGCAAUGACACCUUUGCCAAUGUGCCAUCAAUUAGCCUUCCAACGAUUGCCCGGCUUUUGAAGAAGCACCAAGUUUCCAUGAAACAAAUUUACUUGGUUCCUUUUGAGAGGAACAAUGUCCGGGUGAAACAACUGCGUUCAGAAUAUAUUCAGAGGGUGAUGGAGCUGGACGCUGCUGUGAAUCAUCACAAGUAUAUUUUCGUUGAUGAGGCCGGUUUCAAUCUGGCAAAAACUAGACGCAGAGGACGUAACCUUAUUGGACAAAGGGCUACCAUCCAAGUCCCUGGACAACGUGGGGGAAACAUCUCAAUGUGUGCAGCUAUAUCUGAAGAUGGUGUGGUAGGCUGUAGACCAGUUCUAGGGUCAUACAACACUGAACACCUGAUAGUUUUUUUUAAAUGAACUGGAGCAGGCCUGUCAGGGAGAAGACAUCGUCUAUGUUGUUGUGUGGGACAAUGUCAGCUUCCACCAUGCACAGCUGGUUCAGGAAUGGUUUCAAACACAUCCUCGCUUCAUGACCCUCUAUCUUCCACCAUAUUCCCCUUUCCUCAACCCAAUUGAGGAAUUCUUCUCUACAUGGAGGUGGAAGGUGUAUGAUCGCCAUCCCCAUGAGCAUGUCUCCCUUCUUCAAGCCAUGUGUGAAGCUUGUGGUGAUAUAACUGCUGAGCAAUGUCAAGCCUGGAUUCGUCAUGCCAGGAGAUUUUUCCCACGGUGCCUGAACAACGAAGACAUCCACUGUGAUGUUGAUGAAAAUUUAUGGCCCAAUGUUAAUGACCGGCUUGAUUAAUUGUGUAAAAGUGAUGAGAAUAAAAUAAAAUAAAAAUAUAUUUUGCUUAUGUAAAUGAC